UUCCCUCACACUUCUCACCUGGAAACUCAUUCCGCUGACCUCCGCGACGAUGAAACUUUCUCCUCGCCCUGCGGUAUUUAAAUCCACCUCCCAUGAGAUUAUCGCGUGCACCAUCCUUUGCAUGGCGCAGUUUAUUUCCGUGGGUGUUUCCAACCAGGCCCUAGCGUUAAUGAACAUCGUCUCCCGGUCCUUUGGUAGCGCCGAUGCAUCUGAUGCCACCUGGUUUACCGCCGCCUUUGCUCUUGUUGUCUCCACAUUCAUCAUUGCAUCCGGUAAGUUGGGUGAUAUCUACGGUUUGAAGAAAUGCUUCAUCCUUGGAUACGUCUGGAUCACCGUCUGGAGUAUCAUCACCGGGGUUUCAGUCUAUGCCAACUCCACUAUCUUCUUCAUCGUCUGCAGAGCCUUCCUUGGCUUGGGCUUCUCGGUAAUCUUGCCUAACGGCAUUGGAUUGCUCGGAAUCAGCUAUCCACCGGGGUCUAGAAAGAACCUAUGGUUCGGGAUCUUGGGUGCCUCUGCGCCAGUGGGUGCCAGCUUGAGCUGUAUUAUCAGCGGUGCUAUUGGUGAAUACUGGCAUUGGUCAUGGUGUUUCUACAUUUUGGGCAUCACCGCCGCUGUUUUGUCUGUGGGGGCGUACUUUUACUUGCCAAAUGUGAUUGCCGAAACCCACGAAUCAUCUGCGAAAAUGGACUGGUACGGAGCAGCCACUGGCAUUGCGGGUCUCUUGCUCAUCUGCAUAGCGUGGAACCAGGCUCCAUUGGUGGGCUGGGAACACGAAGCAUACGUCCUGGUUAUCUUUGCUAUUGGUGUGGUCUUGCUUGCUGUCUUUUUUUACUUAGAGAUCAAGGUGAUCCAGUUUCCUCUUCUCCCAAAGGAAGUAAUGAACCUCCACACAGGCCUCACGCUCCUUGGUGUCGGCCUUGGUUGGGGCUCUUUCGGUGUCUGGACCUUCUACUACUGGGCCUUUCUGUUGAACCUCCGUGGAUACGGUGAAACCCUCACCGGGGUUACGUACGUGCCUUUGAUGAUUUUCGGGGUUGUGGCCGCCUUAACCGUGUCCUACCUUAUCAGUAGAACUAACCCAUCGCUUUUAAUCUUUGGCAGCAGCUGGGCGUUUCUUGUUGGGAUCCUCAUGCUAGCCUUGACUCCCGUACACCAGACGUACUACCUCAUGCUGAUGAUCCAAAUGAUUCCGUUGAGUUUUGGCAUGGACAUGUCUUUCCCGAGUAGCUCCAUCGUUUUGUCCAACCACUUACCCCGCCACCACCAGGGCAUGGCCGGGUCGCUCUUAACCACCAUCACCAACUAUUCCAUGGGCUUGAGCUUGGGGAUUGCUGCCACUGUCGAGAGAUACGUGGCCAAGGGUGAUACCCAUUACGAGCGCCUCGAGUCAGGCUACAGAGGCGCCAUGUGGACCGGUGUGGGUUUGGCAAGUGCGGGUGUGAUUGUAUCCGGUAUCUUGUUAGUGUUGAGCUACGUCAAUAAUGUCUCGUCCUCCGAAAAGGGAAACAAUAACACCAAUGAGGACGACAAGAUUUACACUGAUUCCUCCCAAGAUAAGGAUAUUGACGGCGUGAAUAUGGAAGCUUCCAAUGACCCCGUGGCCCCAAAUGCCAGUGAGAAGGUUUAGACCCUCAAAAACCUUAAUGCCUUACGAAAGUAAUGAAACCUCUCCAAAACCUCUAUGACAGAAUAUCCCCACGAAACUGUUCCUCAUACUUCCUUUCAACUCCUCUCUUUCACACGCAAACCACCACAUAGAGUAUCCCCUUUGAACCUGCUUUAAUUACUAAUCUCACUUUUUUCUGCCCAGCAACGUUUUUAAUGUUUCCUACGCCAUAUGACCCUUUAUAGAGUAUCCCCAUGAACCUGCUCUAGUAUCCCCUUUAAGGCCGUCCACGAUUUUUUUCAUUAUCUAUGCCUAUGCAGAGAUGCAUGGUUAAGCCAAUUGGUUGGCUGUGUAUAUUCGUUUCAGAUAUUGAGAAAUUUUAAUGUUUUCUUUACUUCGUUUCGGUCAAAUGUAGCAGGCUUUAGAG